AUGGGCCCUCUCGGCUGGUUACUUGACCUGAUAUUCGCAAUUGCCAAAGGUAGACCUUGGGAGUGGAGUUUGGUGACGUAUCAAGGCAUGAAUAGAGGCCUUCCCCCAUCUCGUCAAGGGCGGCGGAAAACUGUCGGGAGUUUGAUGGGGCCCCGGGAUAACGCUCUUGAUCUCGGUCGAGCGAAGGAUGGAACACAUGGGCAGUUGGAGGUGAUGUAUCAACCAUUCCUCUACGUUCAUGCACGCUUGCGCCUGGACGAUGUAUCUCAAACUGACACACUCAACGUAUAG